AUGAAAACUUUGGGAUUAUAUCAUUGCAUUAUUCAAUAUUUCAAUAAAAACAGAAACUAUUCUAUUACUAAUAAUAAGAUGUGUAUUUAUUUUAAUUUAAAUCUUAUUUUAUUAUUAUUUUUAAUUACUUUUAAUUUAUUAUCAAAUUCUUUUUUAUCAUUAUGUUCUAAUUUACCUAAAUCAACAAAAUUAACAACUUCUUUGAAUACUUUGAAUCAAUUUAAACAUUGUUGUGAUGAUGGAUUAAUUGCUGCUCAUAGUUUAGAUUUACCAAUUUUAACAAGUCAAACCAGUGUAACUAAUACUGAAACAUGUGCAGAGAUAUUACAAUUUGGUACAUCAGUGGUUGAAGAUGAUGCUGAAAAUUUAUCUUCAAAUCAUUUUUGGUGUCAACGUGUUCAACAUUUCUGUUGUUUAUCAGCUAGAAGAUUAAAAGCUUGUCAAAUUGGUUCAGAUCAUGUUAUUAAAUCUAAUUCAAAUAAUUGUUCGAUUGGUGAGUUUAAUCAUUUACUUGACAAGAGAUUAACACCAAUCGCUCGGGAAUGUUGUCUAUGCCAGUUAAUAUGGCGUAAAAGUUUAAUAAAUGAAAAUAACUUAUUCAAAGAUAAUCCAGAGUCUGUACAAAGUGUUUGCCCCAAUGGAAAUUGUUGUAAUUUUCUUAAUAAGAUAUUAAUGGAAGGUAAUACAACUUCAUCCAAAUCAUCAAUGAUCAUGUCUGAUGAUCCUAAUGUUCAUAGAAUUAUAACGGAAUAUUUAACUACUACUGAAGAAAUUGCUAUGUUGAUGACCACUUCGUCUACACCAAUUACAACGGAAAAAUCAGUGGAAAUGACUACAAGUACAACCACAACAAAAAAACAAAUAAUAGACGACGAAGAUGACUUUUCGUUCAGUCUUGUUGGUGGCAUAGAUUUACCAGAUAUUUGGGAAGAAACAGAUAUUGAUAAUACAUCACUAAUCAAUAAAACUAUAAAUAACUUUACUGCUGAUCUAGUUACAGCAUCUACUCCUUCUACCAAUCUUCCUUCAAAAACUGAUACGUCCACUGAUGCCACUUCUAUUAUUUCUGUGGAGUCUACACCGGGGACAACGGUUACUGCCACCACGGCUACUACGUAUACUCCUACCUCUGCGAGUACUUUGGCAACCAGCAACCAUACCAUAACCACCAAAUUGUCAAACGAAACGACUCCUACUAGCUUAAAAGAAGUUAGUCAAUUAGAAACUAUACAAUGUCAAGAAAAUUUUGUUUGGGAUAGCAAACAACAGUUGUGUGUUCGGCUAAUGUUCUCAUGUCCAGUAGGAAUGUAUCUUAAUAAAGAAACAAGGAAGUGUGUUCUUGAAUCAACAGAUAAAUCAGAUUGUCCUAUAGGUUACAAGUUAUCCAGUACGCGAGAUGAAUGUGUAGACAUAAAUGAAUGUAUGGAAGGUCUCAGCUCAGGUAGAUUACCGUGUGAAGGUGAAGGAACAAGUUGUGAAAAUUUACCGGGAUCCUACAACUGUUCAUGUAUUUCUGGAUUUUCAAUGGCAUCAGAUGGGACCUGUGUUGAUAUUAAUGAAUGCACAUCAUUGUACAAUCCUUGCCUUGCUGGUCAACAAUGUCGAAAUUUAAUUGGUUCAUAUCAGUGUAUUCGUGAGGUCCCAUGUGGUUACGGUUAUGUAUUAAAUCCUAGAACUCAACAAUGUGAAGAUGUUGAUGAAUGCAAAGUCGAUCCACUUAUAUGCGGUAAAGGUAUGGCAUGCAUAAAUGUUCGCGGAGGUCAUAAAUGCGUUGAUUAUCAUUGCCCUGGAAAUGCAAAACGAAACAAAAUUGGUGAUUGCGUUCCAUGUCCUACAGGAUAUGUAUACAAUGCCUCGAGCGGAGUAUGCGAUGAUAUUGAUGAGUGUCAACAAGCAAAUAAAUGUAGAUCUUGGGAGAAAUGCAUUAAUGAACGUGGCUUCUUUUUAUGUGAAGCCAAAUUAAAUUGUGCUCAUGGUACGCGAAUUAAUGCCAAUGGUACAGAAUGUAUAGAUAUAGAUGAAUGUUUGGAAAGAAGUUUUCACUGUGAUGAUGGGAAAAUAUGUGUUAACACCCUAGGUUCAUACUACUGUACAGAAUCCAAUUGUACUGUAACUCAAAUAUAUGAUUAUCAAGAAAAAAAAUGUACUUGUGAAAAAGGAUAUCAUAUUCUUGAAAAUGAAUGUGUAGAUAUUGAUGAAUGCUCUGAAAACAAGCAUAACUGCACCUACGACAGUACUUGUAUGAAUCAUAUCGGAGGAUUUCGCUGUAUACGAAUAGAAGAAUGUCCAUCAGGUUUAAAACGAAAAUCUCAAUUUUCAAGAUGUGAAGAUAUAAAUGAAUGUGAAUUGAACAUAGACAGUUGUGGUGCUCAUACAUUUUGUAAAAAUACUAUUGGUUCUUAUCAGUGUAUAUGUAAACAUGGAUAUAAGAAUAUUAAUGAAACAGAUUGUACAGAUAUUGAUGAAUGUUCAAUAUUUACACCAGCGGAAUCCUGUCCUGAUACAAGGGCUCGGUGUGUGAAUACCCAAGGAAGUUACGUUUGUGUCUGCCCUGAAGGUUUUAUUUGGUUAGGUUAUCCAGACUUAAAAUGCAAAGAUGUUAAUGAAUGCACUGAAAAACCAGAUAUUUGUGGAAAAGAACACCAGUGCGUAAAUAUGAUUGGCGGUUAUCGAUGUCAGUGUGCUCCUGGAUAUAAAAAUGGAGAAAAUGAAAAGUCGUGCGUUGAUAUCGACGAAUGCAAUGUGAAACCGUACAAUAAUGAUAUUAACUAUAUAUCGCCGUGUCCAUAUUCAUUAUGUAUUAAUCAACCUGGGAGUUAUCAAUGCCAAUGUCCUGAUGGAUUUCGGCUAGGGAGAGGAAAUCGAUGUUAUGAUAUUGAUGAAUGUCAUGAAAUGGAAAAUGUGUGUAAAUCAAAUAAUCCAUAUGCUCCAAGUCAAGCCUGUAUAAAUCUUAUGGGUAGUUAUCGAUGUGUAUCUGACGAGACUCCACCAAAUUAUGUGAAGCAUAGACUUGGUAAUGGAUUCAGGUAUGAACUUAAAGAUAAUACAAAAUGUUCAAACAUUGGAGAAAAAUGUAUUCAACGAAUGGAUGAUUUAUUUAUUGAACUAGAUCAAGAUGCACGUGUACCACAAACAUUAGCGCGAAUCGAUACUAAAGGUUUACCCACGGGUGUCGUACGAAUAGAUUUAAGUAAACAUUAUGCAUAUCAAGCAUAUAGUGGAAAACAAAUUCCUGUUUCAACAGCAUUUCGUCUACAACCAAGUCGUUCACACACUGGCAGUGUUGAAGUUCGCCUACUUCGUAAAUUACCAGCCCCAAUGAAUAUUCUAAUAUCCGUUCAUGUGACAAUAUCCAAAGGUGAUAUAGAAAUUGGACAUGCUGUCACUAAACUUUACCUGUUUGUUACACAAUCAUUUUCUGAACGAUUGAGAACAAGCAGAAUAAUUCAAAGAGGAAUAAUUUAA